AGCACCGUCUCCAGCACCGUCUUCAUCACCUACUACCGCAGCAACGCCAUCCUCCUCUGCCUCAUCGGCUUCUUCCUCUUCAUGCUGGUGCUCAUGCUGGUGCUCUACAUCCACAUGUUCGCCCUGGCCCGCCACCACCUCCGCAGCAUCUCCAGCCAGCAGAAGAAACCCACUGUCUACCGCACCAGCAGCCUCAAGGGCGCCGUGACGCUCACCAUCCUGCUGGGCGUCUUCUUCAUCUGCUGGGGGCCCUUCUUCUUCCACCUCAUCCUCAUCGUCACCUGCCCCACCAACCCCUUCUGCACCUGCUUCUUCAGCUACUUCAACCUCUUCCUCAUCCUCAUCAUCUGCAACUCGGUGCUGGACCCGCUCAUCUACGCGUUCCGGAGCCAGGAGCUGCGGCGGACGCUGCGGGAGGUGGUGCUGUGCUCCUGGACACCCAAGAAUGACCAAAUUCCUCCAUGGAGGAACCUCAACCUUGAGGAGAUCCAAGAGUCCCAACCCAAGAGCCUCCUGAGGUCCCCAGUGUCCCCUCAAGGCCAAAGCGGCGCCGGCAACAACUGGGCCAAGGGCCACUACACGGAGGGCGCCGAGCUGGUGGACUCGGUGCUGGACGUGGUCCGCAAGGAGGCCGAGAGCUGCGACUGUCUCCAGGGCUUCCAACUGACCCAUUCCCUCGGUGGCGGCACCGGUUCCGGCAUGGGCACCCUGCUCAUCUCCAAGAUCCGCGAGGAAUAUCCCGACCGGAUCAUGAACACCUUCAGCGUGGUGCCGUCCCCGAAGGUGUCGGACACGGUGGUGGAGCCCUACAACGCGACGCUCUCCGUGCACCAGCUGGUGGAGAACACGGAUGAGACCUACUGCAUCGACAACGAGGCGCUCUACGACAUCUGCUUCCGCACGCUCAAGCUCGCCACCCCCACCUACGGCGACCUCAACCACCUGGUGUCGGCCACCAUGAGCGGCGUCACCACCUCGCUGCGCUUCCCCGGGCAGCUCAACGCCGACCUGCGCAAGCUGGCGGUCAACAUGGUCCCCUUCCCGCGGCUCCACUUCUUCAUGCCGGGCUUCGCGCCGUUGACGUCGCGCGGGAGCCAGCAGUACCGCGCGUUGACCGUCCCCGAGCUGACCCAGCAGGUCUUCGACGCCAAGAACAUGAUGGCGGCGUGCGACCCGCGCCACGGGCGCUACCUCACGGUGGCCGCCGUCUUCCGGGGCCGCAUGUCCAUGAAGGAGGUGGACGAGCAGAUGCUCAACGUGCAGAACAAGAACAGCUCCUACUUCGUGGAGUGGAUCCCCAACAACGUGAAGGUGGCCGUGUGUGACAUCCCGCCCCGGGGGCUCAAGAUGUCCUCCACCUUCAUCGGCAACAGCACGGCCAUCCAGGAGCUCUUCAAGCGCAUCUCGGAGCAGUUCACGGCCAUGUUCCGCCGCAAGGCCUUCCUGCACUGGUACACGGGCGAGGGCAUGGACGAGAUGGAGUUCACCGAGGCCGAGAGCAACAUGAACGACCUGGUCUCCGAGUACCAGCAGUACCAGGACGCCACGGUCGAGGAGGAGGGCGAGAUGUACGAGGACGACGAGGAAGAGGAGUCGGAGGCCCAGGGCGCCAAGUGAAGCCAGGGGGCCCGGCCCCCGCUGCUCCCCCGCUAG